AUGCACAUCGGUCAUUCGACAAACAACAAAAUGGCCGCCCGUGCGAAGAAGAGGUUGGCAGUGAUUUCUGACCACCUUAACUCUUGUAGAUUACAUUCUGCACUUCCAGAAAUAUCAUUUGCAGAUGCAAAAGAGCUCGAUACCGAACGUUUAGUUCUACAAAAUGAUCUUCUGACCCAGGAACAAGUCGAUUUCUACAACACAAAUGGCUACCUUGUCGUGCGGAGCCUUGUACCUCAAGAGCUGUUAAACAAGUAUUACGAUCGUUUUAGGCAAAUAUGUAAUGGUGUUGUCAAAGUACCCGGUAUAACAGUGAUGAGGGAUGUCACCUACGCGAAAGCUAACCGUUCACGUGACGAGAGAACCGUAAAUAAACUUCAAAAUUUUGAACAGGAUGAGGUCCUUUUCAGUUAUUGUGAGCUGCCCCAGAUUUUAAAGUACGUGGCGUGUUUUACUGGUCCAGAUAUCAAAUCUGUGCACAGCAUGCUAAUAAACAAACCGCCUGAUCCUGGUACUCUGACAUCUCGCCAUCCUUUGCAUCAGGAUUUGCAUUAUUUUCCUUUCCGUCCAGCCAAUCGGAUGGUGUGUUCUUGGACAGCAAUGGAGAAAGUGGACAAGAAAAAUGGUUGCUUGGUAGUCAUUCCAGGCACCCACUACACUCCACUCCUGCCACACCAGUAUCCAAAAUGGGAGGUAAGUCAAGCAGCACAAAAUUGUUUUUGAGACCCUCACCCUGUAUCUCAGGGUCGUUGAUAAGUAUGAAGCAAGGAGAGAAAAUGCAAAAAAUUGUGGCUAAAUACGUAUAUGAUCGCUUUCGUGAAAGAGAUAGACGCGUUAAAUAUAACCUUGUUUAAUAGUUGUAUAAAUUUUACAAACGUACACCUCUGUAAUUAUUGCACGAAAAUCUUUGUUAUCGUUGUAAACACAUGUGUCUGUAGGUGCUCUGUUGAUAAUAAAGCACUUAUCCUAUCCUAUCCUAUCCUAACCGUCUCUUCCCCCCCCCCCCCCUUAUCUGAAUCUGGAGGUCUGGAUUCAGCACUGUGAGAGGAUCUAUGGGGGACUAAUACCUCUGUCUUUGAGACUCAAGCAAAGGCUUCUCGGUCAGGCAGACAAAGAAAUAAUAUCUCAUCCUCUGGCACCCAACAAGCAGAGUGCAUUCACAUGAGCUAGCUAACAUACCCCAAAGUGAUUGCUAGGGAUUCAGGACGUGAUGGCAGGGACCUGAGUACAGUGAUGGUGAAUCAUGAAUAAAUCUCCAUGAAUGCCAACCUCUGGUGGUGGAAGGAUGAUGAUGAUGAUGAUGGUGACAUGGCUAAUGUGGCCGCAAUGUAAUGUUAGUUAUGUUACUUUUGGCUGCUUCAAUUAGCUAUGCAGCAACAUGACUUUAUACUUUCCAAUACCAAUAACAUGGCCGUUAGCCGAACUAUUUCAAAAACAGUCUAAAUAGGUGCCAGAAUCUUGUUCCAUGUCUCAAAUUAAUGAUUUUCUACCUUAUACCAGUUUACAUGUAGUUGGAAGCCAGAAAUUCAUCAGUCUGAUACAAAGCACUUUUAUGAAAUGUAAAAAAAUUCCCUUUGUCAGGGUGGAGUAAAUAGCGGAUACCAUGGCAUUAAGGAUUAUAACCCUACUCAACCAUUGUUGCACUUGGAGAUGAAUGCAGGAGAUACAGUGUUUUUCCAUCCCCUGCUUAUUCAUGGAUCAGGGAGUAACCAAACAAAAGGAUUCAGAAAGGUAAGGUACAUGCAUAUAUCAUACCUACAACUUUAGGCCAUAACCCUUUCUCCCUUUGAUUAGUAUUUUAAUGAUAUUAAAAAAAGAGAGAUAAAAUCAGAAUAACUUUUUAAUCGCUGGAUAAACUCCUAUUUAUUUGUGUUACUUAUUAGCUGAGCAGGGGUUUGUAUCAAAAGUUAAUUCUUUGGUAAACCCAGCAUGCAAAAAAAGCAGUGUCCAAUAGUCCAGGGCUAGUGAAUUCAAAAUACAGAGGCAAGAUUCUUCUGUAAUCAAUCCUGCUCGUCAAAUUUUUUAGGGAACUAGUUGAAAUGACUUUUGGGCUAGUACAUGCCCAACCCAGUUUAAAUUUGUAUUGGAGUUUACAGAGGAGUACGUGGGACUCAAAUACCACCUAUUGAUUGGUUACGUUAAUAAAUAAUUGAUGAAUUUUACAAGAUAAGAAUCGGUUACUGUAUUAGGCUAUCUCAGGUCACUAUGCCAGUUCCCACUGCUACUAUAUUGAUGUCAAGGGAACAUCACAGGAGAGCCUUGAAAAUGAAAUUGUAGAGAUGGCAGAAAAGAAAUUGGGGAAAGAUGUGCAAUUUACUUUCCAGGUAUGCAAGAUAAAAUGCCAUUGUAUGAUAACGUACUACAUAGACCUCUUUCAUAAUGGCAGCCUAUUCAUAUAUUCGUUUUUAGUUAAAUCCAGCUAGUGGUCUAUUAUCAAUGCUGCGUUCUGAUUGGUUGAGCUACUACUAGGCUAUAUGUUAUAGCCCACUAGUAGCGAAAAGUGCCGGCUUCGAAAACCAAAACAAUGGCAGCUGAAUCAUGUUUUGCUAGCUUAAAAGUUGUUUUGUCUCGAUAUUUUUGACCAACUAGCUGGAUUUUACUAAAACAAUUAUUCUUCUCGCCCUCAUGGCCUCUGAGUCAAUAGCCCAUUCGGCCUUCUGCCUCAUGGGCUAUUGACUCACAGUCCAUUCGGGCUCGACGAAUAAUUGUUAAAUAUACAUGUGUGAUAAUUAGCCUCUCUGACCAGACGUUAGCAUGUGCAAAAUACAAAAGAAUUCUUACUUUCAAACAAGGUCAGGGAGACUUAUUAUCAUACAUAUAAAAGAAAAUAUUGAUAGGCUGGCAUUAUGAAAGAAGUCUAUGUUAUUGAGCUUUCAUACAACUCUUAACACCAUGUGUAUUUGUAAAUGAAUGUUGUUGAUCACUGUACAUUGUAAGAUGAUACCUUUCUGUGUAAGGGCAACUGACAAAACAGAUAACCACUUUUUAGUUUGAGGUUUUCCUGUUCGAAAUACUGUAGCAUCGUUCUGUUCCAUAGAGGAGAAUCACCAUCGCAUUUUUUCCUGGUCAUAAAUUAUACAUCUGCUACUGGACUUAGACAACAUUGCUGAAUUUUGAACAUUAUUUAUUUUUUGUGACCUAGUUCAGCCAGCAAUUCAAUUCUCUAAUCUUCACUAAACCAUUGUUUCAAAUCUCUCCUGGCCAGUUGUUCAAGCUCUGUGUGCAAUGCAAAGAACUUACGAGGGCAAAUUGGUAGGGAUGUUUCUCCUGUGAAACGAUCCUAAUGGCUAGGAGUGAGUAGAGACAUCUGUAUUCACAGGCUAGUAGCUAAUUAAAACACACGAUUUGCUUCAUUUUGCCCAUUUGCCAGAGCCUGAGCCAAAUUUAUUAAUUAUUUUAAUAACAGUUAGCUUUUUCAUUUGAUUACUUGUUUAUUAUUAUUUUUAUUUUUCUUUCAGGAUCUUUGGAGGCUUAAAAGUCGACUGGUGCAGGGUAUUGAUGGAUCCCUGUAAAUUUCUGGUAACUCAGUAGUAGCGUAUGCACUGUUCUCUUACUUUGUGUGAGUUGAAAAGGGCACUGAUUUCAAUGUGUAAUAGUUUUGGGUUUUCAAUACUUCCAGUAUUUCAGGUGGUAUAUGGAUGGUUUUUUUUCAAAUCUUGAAUUGUGUUAUUCUCAAAGCCAGGAUGUGGUACUUUUUUGAAUUCUUGGGCUGAGUCUCCAAAACUGCAUUGCAAUACAUGUACCUGCAAUCUUCUUCAUGGCCACAUGUAACCACAGUACUGAUCUAAAUGAAGAUAUGACCAUCGUAGUGGUAAUCACAUCUAUAUAAUUUAAUCAUUGCCAAUUAAACCCAAAAAGUUAGAGGGUUUCAAUGGGAUUUGGACCCAUGCCUUCUGCCUUAGCGCUGCUGUGCUUUACCAAUUGAGCUAUGGAAAUCUUUACAUUUGGAGCCAGCCAAUUUGUUGACUUCAUCUUAACUUGUCAAACAAGUGAAACAGAUUAAAGAGGAUUAUUAGUAUUUUUUUUAUAAAUUGUAAAGGUCCCAUCUACACAUACAGUAUCUAUUUCAACGAAAAUAGUCGCUGAAAAGCAACUUUUCGAAAACGAUCACUGGAGUGGAAAUAUAGGGGUGUGAGGAUUCAUAGACUUGAAUCCCAUUUUCUAAUUGAUUUAUUUCGUAGGAGUAUUUGAAUAUUUCUGGAACAGGCCUACAUGGUACAACAGUUAAACCAAAUUUUAGAAUCUAAAGGAAAAUCGACGUGUAUACAAAAUAAACUGAUUAAUCGCUCCACCCCACUGGAAGUUAACUUUUGAGAACAAUAAAAGCGGAUAUGUGCAGAAGGGGCCUAAGCUGAGCUACUAACACGAUUACAGUUUCAUGAAUAUAUUACAGGUCAAAAUUAAAUUCGGGUUAAAAUUUGUAACGUAGGUUGAUUUUCAAUUUCCACCUCUCUUGACCCUAAUUCAUGAAUGAUUAGGUUUAGGAAACAUAAGAAGUGGAGAGUCAAAUUAGGUUGGAAAAAUUUUAACCUGAAUUAUAAAAUUUGACCUGUAACAAAUACAUUGGCAAGAGUAUAUUCAAGAAGAAAAAUAAUGUUUAAAAUAAAUUUUCUGUAGUCAUGGACAGGGCUUAAUUUAUAGGUGCUUGCCGACUGACACUUACACAAAUUAAUAUGGCUGCUAUUCAUUAAAUUUAGAAGAAAAAUUGUCAAAUGACAGUGACGCAGCCUGUCAGCAAAUAAUUUAUUAAACAAACUAUGGCGGCUUUCGAAACGAGCUCGUUUAAUCAGUGAAAUUAAAAUACCACAUUGAAACAAUGUAUAAAAACUGUAAAUUUAUUUUAAAGAUAAUGAGUCGUGAUGGUGGUUAUCAGUUAUCAUUGCGUUAAAAAAUACUUAGCAAAAUAAAAAAUAUAUAGCAGCAAAUGCUGAACGUCCUUUUUUAAAAUAUUCAAGAGCUGAGGGGACAUAUUUGUAGAUUUGUGGUCCUGAGUUUAAACAAACUGAAAUCACAAGAAAAAGUUUGAUGCUUUCACUUAAAAUCUUUUUGAAGUAGAUAGCAGAUCUUUUUUAUAUAAGUCAAGUGAGGCACUAGCACUAGAGAAUAUCAUAUUAGAAAAUGCUGAUUUUGUUUAUCAUUAUUAGACGUGUAUUUUUUAGCUUUGAGGUAUCCUCAAAGUCAGCCAUGCCAAGAGACGCUAGAACGCUAGGGCGGCCGGCAAGGCAGCCUAAUAAAGAUUAUGGAU